GCACGCAUUCUAAUACAGUUCAACUUCGCAUAUACAUAUACUUAUAUACUACCAAACUAUUGGUGCGUAUUAUAGCGGUACUAAUACAAGACUAUGGCUGGUAGCGAUGAUGUUGAAGCUGGGGCGAAGCGCAAGCAGGGGAGCUCUCAGGCGCAGCCAAACAGCAAACAAGCUAAAAUGGACGCCGUGAAAGAGAGCACCUUUGAGAAAGAACUCAUGGAACUGGACGCGAAAUCUAAGGCGUCUGAAGGAGUUGUCAUGCAGCAGUGGAGCCGUCCCAGUGCCAAACAGAUACGACCAGCAGCUGAGUCAUUCGUAUUCCAGCAAUUGGAUAUUGAUACAUAUGAGGGGCCUCACAUGCAUGGCAUGCCUGGUAUCCAUAGAAAUGGUGUGAUUUUCAGAUUAUUCGGGGUAAAUAGCAACGGAAAUAGUGUGUGCGCACACGUGCACGGAUUUUUACCCUAUUUCUACGUCCCGGCGCCGAAGGAUUUCAAAGCUCAGCACGUAGGUAUAUUCAUGGAGGCAAUAAACGCGAAAAUUACAAAUUUGUCACCGAAGGUACACAAUGCCGUUGUUCGAGUAGAGGUGGAGAUGAAAGAGAACAUCUUCGGGUAUCACUCUCAGACCAAGAUUCAGUUUCUGAAGCUGACUAUGAAUUUGCCGCAUCAAAUAGCUGCGGCUCGACGAGCUGUCGAACAGGGAUUCAAUGUCGGCGUAUAUGGUUUGGUUGCAUGCCAGCCUUUUGAGAGCAAUCUCGAGAUUCUUCUGCGAUUCAUGGUUGAUACUGGGAUUGUAGGAUGCAGUUGGGUGGAAUUACCGCAAGGGGCAUACAGAAUCAGAGGAAAGACAAGUAAUCCUCCCCCACAAAGUCGAUGCCAAUACGAGUUUGAUAUCGCUUACGACAAGCUUAUCGCACAUGCUGCUGAGGGAGAGUAUUCCAAGAAUGCUCCUUUCCGUAUUCUGAGUUUCGACAUUGAGUGCAAAGGUCGACCGGGUGUCUUCCCAGAAGCGGAUCAAGACCCCAUUAUACAGAUAGCUAAUAUGGUUCAGCUACAAGGAGAGGAGAGGCCGUUCGUACGCAACAUCUUUUGUUUGAAGACUUGUGAUAAUAUCGCCGGUUCUGAAGUUAAAACAUACCACAGACACAAAACCGAUCUAGACAAUGAGAGGGAGCUGCUGCAAGAGUGGGCGGAGUUUCUAAGAGCCGUCGACCCGGAUGUGAUCACGGGCUAUAAUACCACCAAUUUCGAUUUGCCGUAUCUUUUCAAGCGAGCCGAGAAGCUGAAUGUGAAGAACUUCCACUACUGGGGUCGGAUUGAGAAUACACCCUCUGUGAUGAGGGAUACACAGUUUUCAUCGAAAGCCUACGGGACUCGCGACAGUCACACUUUCAAUAUUGAAGGGAGGGUGCCCUUCGAUGUCCUUCAGCUGCUCCAGAGAGACUACAAACUCCGUUCGUAUUCUUUAAAUUCUGUUUCGGCCGAGUUCUUGGGCGAGCAAAAGGAAGAUGUGCCUCACACCAUCAUUUCUGACCUUCAAGAGGGUUCGGAUCAAACGCGCAGACGUCUUGCCGUGUAUUGCUUGAAAGAUGCAUAUCUCCCACUUCGAUUACUGAACAAACUCAUGGGGCUGAUUAAUUAUAUUGAGAUGGCUCGUGUCACCGGAGUUCCGCUGAACUAUUUACUUACAAGGGGCCAGCAGAUCAAAGUCGUGUCACAGCUGUAUCGCCGAGCUCGCGUGGUUGACUAUGUUAUACCUCACGUACCAUCAGGGCAAGCAGAUGAACAGUAUGAGGGUGCCACCGUUAUCGAACCGAACGCUGGGUACUACGACACGCCUAUCACCACACUGGAUUUCGCCUCACUAUACCCAUCUAUCAUGAUGGCGCACAAUCUGUGCUACACCACGCUUAUCAGGGGUAAUCCUGCAAGUCUUGGUCUGGGCCCGGACGACUAUAUAAAAACACCCACUGGCGAUAAUUUUGUGAAACAAUCUAAACUAAAGGGACUGUUGCCAGAUAUCCUCGAGGAUCUACUAACAGCCAGGAAGCGGGCGAAAUUGGCGCUCAAGAAGGAAACCGAUCCGUUUAAAAAAGCUGUGUUGGACGGCCGUCAGCUGGCGCUGAAGAUCAGUGCGAAUUCCGUGUACGGUUUUACAGGUGCUACGGUUGGAAAACUGCCGUGUUUACAGAUAUCCUCGAGUGUCACUGGUUUCGGACGUCAAAUGAUCGAGCAGACCAAACAGGUGGUUGAGGACAAGUACACAAUCGAGAACGGUUACGUUGCCGAUGCCAAGGUCAUUUAUGGUGAUACCGAUUCUGUGAUGAUCAAAUUCGGUACUGAGACGCUGGAGGAAGCUAUGGAUAUGGGCAAGGAAGCAGCUACGUUCGUUUCAGAAAAAUUCGUGAGUCCUAUUAAGCUUGAGUUCGAGAAAGUCUACUUCCCGUAUCUGCUGAUCUCUAAGAAACGGUAUGCUGGUCUAUAUUGGACGCGGCCCGACAAAUACGAUAAGAUGGAUUGCAAAGGUAUUGAGACUGUUCGACGUGACAAUUGCCACCUUGUCAAGAAUCUGAUCGACCGUUGUCUGAAGUUCUUGCUAGUUGAGCGAGAUCUUGAGGGUGCGAAGCAGCACGUCAAAGAUACGAUAUCUUUGUUGUUGCAGAACAAGGUGGACAUUUCACAAUUGGUGAUCUCAAAGGCGCUGGCUAAGAGUAGUGAGAACUACACUGCAAAGCAAGCGCACGUUGAACUGGCUGAUCGAAUGCGCAAACGUGAUGCUGGUUCCGCUCCUCAACUCGGCGAUCGUGUUCCCUACGUGAUCAUCAAGGCUGCGAAGAAAGCAGCGGCAUACGAGAAGGCCGAAGACCCGAUAUAUGUGCUUGAGAAUAAUAUACCCAUUGACUUCCAGCACUACGUAGAGCAUCAGCUAACAAAUCCUAUUACCAGGAUUUUCGAGCCUAUUAUGGGUGUCGGCAAAGCUCAGCAUCUCCUGAAGGGAGAUCACACGAGAAAGGUAUCCGUCCUAACACCGAUGACUGGCGGACUUAUGAAGUUCACGAAGAAAGUUGCGACCUGUGUUAGUUGCAAAUCGCGCCUCCCUCGAGACGAUCUAGCCAUUUGCGAGCACUGCAAGCCACACGAAGGCGAUAUUUUACGAAGAGAAGUGGAUAAUAUGCGAGAUUUGGAAGAGAAAUUCUCGCGGUUGUGGUCACAGUGCCAGCGAUGUCAGGGGAGUUUACACCAGGAUAUACUUUGCACGAGUAGAGAUUGUCCCAUUUUCUACAUGCGCUCGAAGGUUAAGCAGGAUCUAUCAGUGCAACAAAAGGUAAUAGAUAGGUUUGGCGACGAUUGGUGAUUUGCUUUGCCAUUUUUACAUAUGAUCGCUAUAUCAGGAUCGAUUAGAUUCCGUUCGCCCCGCUACACGGUUUAGGAACUCGUGCUUGACUUGUUGUGAAUACAGUAUCAUCUUUAAAUGUCACACGAGUGUCUCAUCUUCAAUAAAGAUGCAAAGUGCGGUACCUACCUUUGGUAGGGGUUUAAACCCUAAAACCCUAAACCCUAAAACUUUGCCGAUAGAAUUCGAGA